ACCUAUUCGGGUUGAACGACGGGUGGGUGGGGGGUUCAGAUUGCGGGUGACAGAAGCAAUCUUGAAUUCUCCAAAUCCAUUCGCAACUACCAGGGACUACGAACACAAAACAAGCAGUCAAGCCACAGCCAUGUAAUACUUCCAGAAAGUUCUCUCUCUAGCCCUCUUUCUCUGUUCCGGGAGUAUAGGGCAGAUAGAGACAAUUCAAAUGGCAAGAACAAGAACCAGUCACAAUCGAAACGACAACAAUAGGGCUGGCGUUUUCUUUUUAGCCACUCUAAUUCUGUGGUUUGUCUCAGUUGUAUUUGAGAUAUUAUUCAAUAAGCGAUCAGAGCUUCUUUGGAUAAUCGCUGGAACUUGCUUCUUCCAAAUAGCCAACUGGGUCAUUAGAUUUCUCGUCUCUCGUGAUCCUCUCUUUGUUAAUACCUCUGUUUCUCUGCUCCACUCCAGCAUCACCUCCGCUUCAGUGAUCUUUAUUUUAGCCCAUCAGUGCUUAAAGCAUGGUUUAAAUGGGAUGUUUGAGCAUUCACAACUGGUUGGAGGUACUUGGCAAUGGGCAUAUCCCACUUUGUGUUUCUCAUGUGGAUAUUUUGCAUAUGAUCAGUUGGACAUGCUGCUUUACCGACUGUACAGUGGCUUGAUCCCUUCCAUCCUAAUGCACCAUCUGAUACUUCUCAUUUGCUUUACCCUCGCUUUGUAUCGGAAUGUCACAAUCAAUUACCUAAUUCUCACUCUUAUUUGCGAGCUGCAUUCAAUCUUCUUACAUGUAAGGAAAGUGCGACGGAUGGCUGGUGUACGGGACAGUGAGAGCAAAGCUGUAAAGUUGGAGUGGAUUCUUAAUUGGCUUACUUUCAUUUUCGCAAGAUCUGUUUCUCACGUUCUUAUCACCAUCAAGCUACUAACCGAUGCACCCAAGUUUGGGAAGGGGGUGGAGUUGCCGCUUGCUCUGUUUGGAAUGGCUGGAAUGAAUUUGCUCAAUGCUUGUCUUGGCAUUGAUCUAUAUGAUGCAUUCAGAAGGGAGAGAAAACCUCUCAAAAGUACUGACAAUCAUCGCGAAUAGCUGAAAAAUGGAGAUGCAAAAGGGAUGUAUUUAUCUUAGUUUCCUUAAUUUUUUUUUUUUUUUUUCAUUUUUAGUUAUUUGUUGAGAUGAGUUGUACUCAGCCCAAUGUAAUUUCAUAGUGUGAUGUAAGGAAUCAGCUUUGUAAAUUAUGUGCUUGGGAACAUAGUUGCUUUCCCACAACCUGUUACAAGUGAAAAUUUUGUCAGAGUUCAAUUCAGCACACAUGUUUUGCUUA